UGUUGAGAAAGGAUAAGAGGUUGAAGCCCUCAGAGGUGGAGUUCUCUUCCUAGCUUCUGCUUCUUUCAACAAAGCUCUUGAGACUGGGACAGGGGCUGCCCUGGCAACCUUUGAAGCAGAGCGGGAGAGUCGAUUGUUCUGCAUCAAUAAAACUGUGUUGGCAUUUGGAAUCUUGCAGCCUACCUCAAGCCCAGACACCAUACAUCCCCUGAUCAGAAAAGGCCUACAUACACCAUCUGUUCCUCUCAUUUCCAUCUCAAUAGCUUCUACCCCCUGGCCCUUUCUCUAUUCAAGCCCUUCUUGCUUUUCUUAGCAUCUUUAUCCCCAGUCCGUGAAGCAGCAGCUGGCCAGCCUGAAAUGAAAUCCCCUUUUAAAAUUCCCUCCUGGCUUUCGGCCCCGAAGCUCACUGGAGUUGAUGACACACACUCUUACAGAGCCCACCCCUCCCUGAGAAAGACCUCCCCUCUUAAGAAAUAAAAAAUAGCAUCCCAUUGGCUGCCAUGGUUGGGUGGGGGGGAAGAGGCAGGCGGAAAAGAUUUGCAGACAGUGUGACAGCUGCCCCCCUCCCCCGGGAGGGGUGCCCUAUAAAGGAAGGGAAGGCAAGACGGAGGGAAAUUUGAAAAGAUUCAAGACUCAAAAUGAGUCUCCAGAAAGUGCAGAGUGAACCUUCACUGACAGGAAAGCAAGGACUGAGGGGGUACAGCUGGAGGAGGCCACAGCUGGAACAGCCCAAACGUCUGGUGUACAAAAAGAUUAUAAAACCACUAAUGGAGAAAAGGCGACGGGACCGAAUUGCCCACUGUCUGAACCAGCUGAAGACUCUGCUCAUAGAUGCCCCUGGCCAAGGUCAUAAGCCUCUUCCUAAUUCUCGCAUGGAUAAAGCAGCUCUCCUGGAAAUGACCGUGCAGCGGAUCCAAACACUGCAACUGGCAGUGCCAGAGGACAAGGCCUUCCACACCGGCUACUCAUGCUGUGCCUCUCUCGUUCAAGCCUUCCUCGUCUCCGAAACACGGCAGCAACCAGAGCCUUUCCAUCUAUCAUACUCAGCAUCCAGCUCCACCCAUGAGACCACUCCUCUGGCAACACCUCCACACUCAUCCAAGGCAGAACAGAUCUCCCCCAGAAGUGGAGACACUCCAGGUUCUGCUGGCCUCAGGUGUUUUGCAAGAUCUGUCCCUCCCUCAGUCCUGAGAAAACCAGGGCCUCAACUCUUCUGGAGACCUUGGUCCACCUGAGUCUCUCUCUAACCCAUUCUUUAAGGAGGAUGGGGGUUUAGAGAAAGUGCUGACUGAGUACUAAAGCCUCUUAAUUUAUUUAGCACUGGAAAAAUAUUUUCAGGAAAGUGUGUAUGCUAGUGUUGGUAGGAAGGAAUAUAUGUGUUGUCUUUUAAUAGAACAAUCCUGACAUUCCACUUCUUCCUUCUGUCUCCCUUAAGGUCCUUUUCCUGCUGUGCUUGUAAGUAGCUUUUCUCACAUUUCCUCACACGGGUUCAUUUCACACUCUACUUACAGUGGCGUGUAGGUUCUGUCAUGUUGACAAAAAUGAAAAAAAGAAUGAUUGUAAAUAAAUUCUCCAACCUCA